AUGAUUCGGAAAAGAAAGUCAAAAGUAGUAGAAAAUGAUGAGUUCGAGGGGAAUAACGAGCAGGAAUUAAUGGAAGGACAGGGUUUGUAUAGAAAAAAUAACUCGGCUAUGAAAUGUAUGGAAGAUAAAUACGAAGUUGAGGGAGAAGGAAAUAGAACAGAAGGUACAGAAUUGAAAAUUUUUGAAAAAUUGAAAAGUUCUUCUUAUUCAAACAAUCGAGCACAUGUGCAGGAAAACAAAAUUGAGGUAAGAAAUUUUGCUGAAAUUGAAUGUGGUGCAAGUAUUGAAAAUGAGAAAAUUUCAGAAAGAGAAGAAACUAUGCAAAGUUUAAAUACAAUGGACCAAAUAAAUUAUUGUCACUCUGGGAAUAUUAAUAGAUUGAAAGCUAAUAAAAAGAAUGAAGCAAAAUUUAAAGGAAUUGAUGAAUUGUGUGAUAAAUAUGAUAAGGAAGUACAAAAUUUGCUGGAAAACUUCGACCAUUUGAGUUUUUCCUGGUUAUUUAAAAAUCCUUUUCACCCAACAAUCGGCAGAGACGAGAAAAUUGUUCGAAUAUUUUACUACUGUGGUUUCUCCUUUUUGCCAUAUUUAGGAUGGGUCAUAGCUUCAAUUUUUGGAUCCUUUUGCAAAGAAAAAAAAAAUAAUAAUAUCGUAACGCUACGAAUUAUUAGUUCCAUUCAAUGUGCCUUCUUCGGGCUAGUUAUUAUAUUAAUAGUGGCAGUGAUUAACAUGAAUAACCGAAGUGCUCUGCAAUGCAAAUAUGACGGAAUAUCAUUUAAAAAAAAGCUGGUGAAGGACGCGAAAUACAAUGUUGUAUUUUUUGGACCCAUGAGUACGGAAGACUGGAUGAAUUCGAGAUUGGCGAAAAUCUCGGAGGAUCUACAGUUCAAUAUAUACACUAUUAGCUACCCAAAUAUUAAGAAUCGAAUAAUCAAAAGAAAACACCAUGUAUUUUUGAAAGACGCCUUAUCAUGCGCAAAGCUGAAACAUUCCUAUGUUAUCCUAUUUUCAUUUCAAAUUGAAAGUGCACUAAAUUUUACAAUACCCUUUCUUGAAAAAAAUGAAAUUCUAGGAUUUUUAAGCUUCUCUAAAAAAUUCCCAAAAAUGGCACCCACAUUAGAGAAUAAGGGACAGGAAAAUAUAAUUUAUUUUACUCCUACUGAAAAAAGUUUUUAUGACAUAUACAGCUCUAUAACUUUAAGGAUGUGUAGAAAUGAACAAAAAAAAUACUACAAUAUUUUGCAUGUAAUACAUCAUAGCUUCAAUAAGUACCGGAUUAGAUGCGUGAAAAAUUUAGCAGAAGACUAUAGCAUAAUAAUGAAUAAUUUUAACUUCAACACUAUUGGGGUUGAUGAUAAAGGAACUAAAUAUGAAGAUGACGAUUUUAAAGAAGUAAUUGAUGAUUUUUAUCAAUACUUAGCAUUUGUUCGUGAUAUUAUUUCACAGAAGAAUUUAGAAUUUUAUAGAAAAAUGCUAUGCAAAAAUAUUAUGUGUGAUUCUAAUGGAUCAGCAUGUGUUCUUUAA